AAGAUUCUGAGCUAUAGAAUUCGACCAGGUAUCCGCAAAUACGAUGGCCACCGUCGACGAUGACCGCUUGCCGUGGCUGUCGCGCCCUUCUACCGGCUAUGAUCUCUUCACCAAGACCCCAGAAAAUCCGACCUCUUAUCCUUCGCUUGUUACCACCGAGGAUGAGGGGACUGCGGUUGGGCCUAUGAGGGUGAUGGCCAAUAGAGGGACGGAAAUAUUUGUUGGGAGGGGGAAUGAAGUUCGCUGUGCUGAUCUUCAGGAUUUGAAAGCCCGGCAUACCCCUAGGGCUGGUAUUCGGGGGGGUGGGCAUAGAGAAUACAAAAUGUUAGAUUUACCGGAGCUGGAUUUCGAAAUUCAUCAGCUGGAAAUCAGUCGAGAUGGACUUCUUUUAGCUAUCAUCGGCGAGAAAGAGCUUGCGGUGUGUGUGCUUCCGGCGGAGGGCCUGGCGAGAAUGGAUGGCUCAAAACUGAGGGUUCCUGCUUUUAACAUGGUCGGGCCAAACUAUCAUAACUCUGAGAAGGGUUCUCGAAUUGUCCGGGCGAUAUGGCAUCCUCUUGGAGUCGAGGGUGCCUCGUUAGUGGUUUUGACUUCUGAGAGUAUAGUCAGAACCUACGAUUUUACAAUUGGUCAGGAUUUUACGUUCGAGAUACCAGAUCAAACAUUCGAUCUUCAUGCGUUGGGCGGGCGCGCACGUCAUGUCGGCGGUUUCUUUGCCGAUGGAGAAGAAAUGGAGGCGGCCUCCUGCUGUUUUGGCGAUGGUUAUCAAGGUUGGAGGCCAUUUACUCUAUAUAUUCUCAUGAGGGGUGGAGAUGUCUACGCACUUACACCCGUGGUUCCAAGCCGCUGGAAGGCUCCUCGUGAGUAUCUUCAAAGCCUUUCGCUCGACAUUAGUUGGGGCCUUGAGAACCUUGAGGGCAAUGUUACAACGGAAGAAAAGUUGGUUCUUCGCCAGCAGACCAAGUGGAUUAAUCAUGUCUUGAACCAAGAGGCCAAUAUUGGCGCGGUAUAUAUUGGGUCUACCGUAUCCCCACGGAAAAAGGCGUUGACAUGUUUGGUUCGUCCUGGAAUUGUUGGUCCUAUACCGCAGUUACAAGGUCCUUUUUUGUUCCAGCCAGCGCCACCAGAGCUCUCUAGUGAUGAGUACGGCUGCGACAUCUUCCAUAUCGAGCAUCAUCCUGUUGGUGUUAUUGGUAUUUUGUUCUCAAAUGGAAAAGUCGAUAUUUGCAUGGAGCCUGAGUCACUGAAGGCCAAAUGGGUUGACAAGAGGAUUAGACGUAAAGGGGCGGAAGAUGAAUCGGAUCAAUCGACACAGGGCCUCCCGGUCAUCUCGGGAUACGAGACCAUAGAUCUCGGCUUUCCGCCAGGGAGCAGUUGUUCGGGAAUUAGCUGGCCAGUCUUCUCCCGCGAUCCACAGUCUAAUCAGGUGUGGUAUAUCAAUCACAAUCUCGGUGUGGCAGCAAUCUCGAUGAAGCCGUGGUUGAGCAAGCUAGCUACGGUCCUGGACGGUGAUGAAGACGACGGGUUUGUUGCCAAAUCCAUGGAGAAAAAUCCGCAAUCUACAGUCUACAAGCCAAUCCAGAACGCCAACAAACCUCAGUCCCUUGCAAGGCCUAUGAUUGGGAGCGUAGCAGUCUAUGAAGCUUAUCUCGGCUACCUCCUUAUCGCUGCCACAAAGACCAACUCCCAAAGCGUCGAAUUCGAGGACGUGCAAGGCCGCGCCUCUGGAGUCGACCCACGCGCAUCAUCGAUAACCACCACCCGCUCCCUCGUACACACCAGCCAACUCUCCCUCACCCAAUCUCCAGCCCAUUGUGGCCACCAACACCGCUUGUCCCUGUUAACAUCCCACUUCACAUCCCCGCCAGAGCUAACAAUCCCUAGCGCUCUCCACAACCUCUUAAAGCCCACCAACCCACAACACAAAAAACUCCUAGCGUCCCCCAUCCACUUCACCACCGAGACAAACGACCUCCUGCGCGCUGCGCGCGAUACGCUCAAAAUGGAAUACGACCGCAUAAUGGAAAUUGCGCAAGAAAUGUACGAUCGGGCAACAGCCCAGCGCAUCGAAUUCCGCAAGCAACUAGAAAGUAUACACAAAGCCAGUGAAAUCCUUACGCGCAUACAGAACAGGGAUGUACGUGCCCGACUAGACCGCUUCCUGACGCGCCAGGAGGAACUACAAGCGCGCGCGGAUGGGGUUCUCAGAAUCCUCAUCGUCAAGAACGAGCUUGGAAUCGGCGAUGCGGAGAAGAAAUGGUUUCGCGAAGUCGCCAAAGUAGAAGAGAAGAUUGGUGGUGGCGCGGAAAAGGAGCAGGAGGAGGAGGAGGAGAGGGAGGGGGCGGAGGAGGCGGAAAAGGAUUCGAAUACGCUGGCUGGAAGAAGGGAGAUUGUCGCUCGCUUGGCGGGAGAAUUGUGUCCUCUUGUUGGCGAAGACGGAGCGAGCCCCGGCGAGGGCCGUAGGGGAAUGAAGACGGUUGUUGGCAGGGGUGAGGACGUGCCGGAAGAGGUUAGAAUGGGCAAAUUACGGAUUUUAAGAGAGUUGUUGGAAAGGGAGGACGCUCUCGUGAAAGCUACUAAGAAGAAACUGGAAAACUUGACCUUGGAGGCGGAGAGGGUCUAG